GACGUUAAAUCGAAGAUCGAAACAAUAAACAAGGCAAAGACACAAAAAUUCAUUUACUCAGGUUUAAAAAUUUAAAGAAAACUUGGGUUCCAUUUCCCUGUACUUCCAAAGAGCAAUAGAAAAUUUUCGAUCAUUCGAUCAUCCGACUGCUAGUUCUUAGUAACAUACUUCCAGAUAAAAAAAAAUGGACCUCGCUCCCGUUUUUGCGCAAUAUCAAGAAAUGCUUGAUGCCGAUCAAGAUCUCAGAGAAGAAAUACGUCUCGUUGUUCGAGAGUUGGACACAACUGGCAGAGAAGUGUCCUUGAUUUUACAGCAGAUUCACCAAGAAGAUGGUCUGCGACAGAUUGAAGAUUUAUGUUCAAAAGCUAAAGCCACUCUUGCCAAGGCAAACAUACAGUUCUCUGAUCUUGCUUCCAAAAUCCCUCCGAACCAAUACUUCAGAUUUAACGACCAUUGGAGAUAUGUUAUGCAACGUUAUUCCUUUCUUGCUGCACUAAUUUUCUUCCUCGAAUCAGAAAAGCUUGCUCUUCACUCAGAUGUUGGAAAGUUGCUUCAAGUGCCAAUAAAGGAAGAAAAUGGUUUUCAUUUGGAUGUUGAGGAUUACCUUUCUGGGCUUCUGCAGUUGGCAUCCGAGCUGUCUAGGUUGGCAGUAAACAGUGUAACAGCUGGAAAUUACGAUCUUCCCAUUCGCAUAUCUCGAUUCGUCUCCGAAUUAAAUGGUGGAUUUCGUCUUCUCAAUUUGAAGAAUGAUUCGCUACGCAAAAGGUUUGAUGCCCUUAAAUAUGAUGUCAAGAAAAUUGAAGAAGUGGUUUACGAUCUCUCUAUUCGCGGCCUUCGCAAUCGUUCAGCUACCAUUACCAAGGGGAAUUAAUAUUGAGUUGUCAAUGUAUCUUGAAAUGUAAGGAACAUCCUGGUGUCUGCGAAGUAAUUUAUACUUCAAAAAUCA